AUGAUCAACACUUUUAAGCUGGAAAAAGAUGACUGGUUCAACAGAUUGUAUGGUCUUAAAGAAAAAUGGUGUACAGCUUUAAGUAAAGAUUUUUUUUCUGCCGGUAUACUUUCUUCACAAAGAAGUGAAAGUACAAACCAUGCUGUUGGAUUUAAAGCAAAUAAAAGUACAACAUUAACAGAGUUCUAUAGUAUUUUUCAAGCUACAAUAAAUCGAUGGAGAAAAACCAAAGAAAAAGACGACUUUGACUGUACAAGGGGAAUACCUACUUCAGAGCUAAGUAUGAGUGCUAUAUUAAAACAGGCAGCAAAUGUAUACACGAUAACACUUUUCUGUGAUUUUGAAGAAGAGUUCAAGCUUUCUGUGGCAAGUAGUACAAUGUUCAAGGGAAGUGUUGGAAGAACAGUGUUUUUUGAAGUGUGGAUAGAAGGAAUAACAGAUCGUUACAUAACAACAAGAUGGACUAGAUAUGCAAAGAAACAGAUAUGUGAAAGGGUUGAUACAAUAAAAAGGGAGAAAGGUGAAAUCAACAAUUUUACUGGUUGGAGAUUACAUAUGAUCAGAAGAUACUAUAACUUAAUUUUGAAAGGGCAUAAGAUAGCAAAGGCCAGAAAAUUUAUCGAGGAGAAGUUUAAAACGGAUAAUAAAGCAGUUGAUGAAAUAAUAAAAAAGGAAGAAGAAAGGAAGGCAAAAGAAGAAGCUGCCAAGAUAGCAGAACAAGAAAAGGCAAAAGCUGAAGCACAACGACAAACACAAGACGAAGAAUCAACUAAUUCUGAAAUAACAAUUGUGCUUGAUCCUGAUCGUGCUAAUACUAAAGGAAAGAUUUUGACAAUAUAG